ACAAAGCCGACCUACCUCUUUAUAAAAUACUGGAACCGAUCUCGUGAUAACAUUAAAUCGGUGAGCUUCACAAAUGUCAUCUGCUUCACGUUGAUUUUGCCUCAAGAGAAUGCAAUACAUUGACAAUGGCAAGCCACAUUGAAGGUAACCAUGGUAACAAAGAUGCUGACUUUGAUGUAAGAGAACUGUUCAAUUUGUUAGACUCUGCAAAUAUAACUGAUGUUAGAGAAAUAAAAGAUUUGGUUCAAGAAAAAUUAAUUGAAAAUAGUGACACAUGGAUCUUGAACAGUUUGGUGGAGUACUACUACAUAACCUCGUCAAAAGAAGCAAUCGAUAUAUUAAUCAAUGUUAAAACUCCUCAUGAUAAGCAUCUUGUUGACAAGAUCAGUGAAGGGAUACGAGGGGCUCCACACAGGUUGAAAGCAGUUCAAUUGUUACUUCAUGUUGUUUGUAAACAACCCAUGUGGAUACACAAAAGUGACAAAAUUAUUUCACAGUCUUUGUUUGGAGUACUUAUGAAAUGUUUGAAGAAUGAAACCGAUGUACCUAUACUAAUGACAGGAGUUAUGUCCCUUACAGUACUGCUUCCCUCCAUUCCUACAUACCUGGGACACCAGUUAUCAACUAUCUUUGAAGUUUUUUCACAUUUGAUGACAUUCAGUCACAAGAAACCAGGAAGUCCUAUUGCUAGAGGUUCUGCGGGUAAUGUCCCUGAUGUAUAUUUACUUCACCUCCAGGUGGCACUGUAUUCAUUAUUUCAUCGUCUCUACGGAAUGUUUCCAUAUAGUUUCCUAGCCUUUUUACGAACAUACUACGGUAAAAAGGAGAAUAUUGCUGUGUAUGAAGAAUGUGUUAAGCCAAUGUUAGAGAGGGUUCGUCUCCAUCCUGGUCUCAUCACAGGAAAUAGAGACGCUGAGAUCUCUGCCACUCGCUGGCGCACAAUGGAAAUACAAGAUGUUGUGAUGGAAUGUGCCAAAAUGUCCCUGGAUGUGAUGGAAGGCAUGUGGGAUGACUCGUCUGAGUCACUGAAGAAAAAUAUUUUGUAUAAACCUCUUGAACAAUCUAAAUCCAAGGAUAUAACAUUCCAAACUAGAGACAGCUCCAUGUUGCGGGUUCCAGAUCCAAUUCCCUUUUCAGGUCACCAGUCAGACACAUUUUUCAGCCCGUCUUUAGCCAUUGGAAUGUCAACUCCUCCACCUUCACAGAGAAAUACCCCAGCAGCAAAUGUACUGGAAAAUUCUAGUUCCACACAUGCCCCUUCUGCUCCGGUAACUAAUGGAAAUACACCAGUGAUAACUCCUAGAGCUACACCUCCUAUUUUUGAUGAGGCUGAAAAGGGUCUUAGUAGAAACAGUAGCAGAGGAUCCUUAUUUACCAAAGGCUCUGAUAAACGAGCUUCACUCACCAUUGUAACGAAAUCUCAACCAGGAAGUGAUUCUAAAUCAUCCGUGCCACCAUCUCCUGUGAAAACAGAAUUCACAGCAGAGCCUCCUUCUGGAAUGUUUAAAUCUCUACCCAUACGUACAACAGCUAGAGAAUUGAAAUUUGACGUUGUACCAGAAUCUCCAAUUGCAUCAUUUGUGGACCAUGGGAUGAUGUAUCACCCAAGUGAAACUAAGGAAGAAAAGGAUGAUGGGAUAGGUCAUGUGACUGAAGAUAGAAAAGACAGCCUAGAAAGGCCAGAUUUAAUGGAGUCAUUCUCCAUGGAGACACUGCCAAAAAUGAUGGAGGAUUUACAUGGGAGUGAUGAAGAUGAUGAAGUUUCUGAAAUCAACCAGAACCAAUCAGAAUCAGCGGUACAUCUAACAGCUGAAUCUGUGGCGCAGUUCAUGAAAAGUGUGAAUCGAAUACGGUUUAACAGUUUAACAGCAACUAACAAUUUAGACCUGUACAAACAAGAAAAAUACAAAAAAACAAGGUCAAAUUCUUGUCCCAGUUUACCGAAAUUAUCCUCCGUGGAUAAUGAAGAUAGUGAAGAUGAAGAUGAGGGUGAAUUGUCACGAUCUGCUUCAACAAUAUCAACAUUAAAACGUCAAACCUCACAAACUAGUCAACAAGAUAGUCAACAAUCAGCAUUACCUGUUGUCACAACAGUUACUAUGGAAACGAGUACUGUAACUAUGACAACAUCAUCACACAUCAGUAUUACAUCAUGUCCCAUGUUUAAACAGCCAGACAAUCAACCGGUUCCACAAUCACAGAACAGUUUUAUGGAUGUUAUAAAAAAUUCUUUGCUGCCAAAUUCAAUGCACCUGUGUCAAAGAUGUAAAACUUAUAUGGUAUCAGAUAAAAACCAAGGUAAAGAAGUGCCAUUAUUCCAAUCUCUUUCGCCAUUAGAAUUACUAGAUAAACAUUUAACAAUGGGACGAGAAAUUCAUGCCAAAGAACUGAGUAAAAUACCUAUAACUAGUCAAGAUGCUAUAAACUGGACACAUUUUGGAGGUGCCCCACCAGCUGAUGAAAUCAACAUUUUACGAGGUCAGAUAAUUAUGAUGGAGAACCAAUUAAUGUAUGAAAGACAUAAACGAGAACUGCAUAAUAGAAGGAAUCGUACCUUACUGAGAAGGAUAGCUAAUGCUGAAUCAUUAAAGGAAAAUAAUAAUGUUAUGGCAGGACAAAUCAACAUACUAGAGACAGAAAUACAAAAUUUUAAGAUUUCAACGAAAUUAUUACAAGAUGAAAACAAAAAGUUAAAAAAUCUACAGGAGAGUAACGAGUAUGAGAUGCUGGUCAAACUCAGAAAUUGUUUACAAGAGAAUUCAGAUCUGAAAUCCACCAAAACAGAACUUAACACUUUACUAGUAAGACAGAGAGAAGAACAAGAUGCUUUAAAAAAGAAAUUACAAGAAUCGGAGAAAAAACUAUUUCACAAUCAGCAGGAAAUUUCUCACUUAAAAGAGCAAGAAGAAAUAGCACAAAAACUCAAAGAUCAGAUGCUGCAGACCCAUAAAGAAUUAAUGUUGAUGGGAGAACUACAACAAAAAUACCAGGAAAAUAUCAACAUCAAUAAAUACAGAAAUAACAAACAACCAGAACAUGAUAUGGUAGUCUCGACACUUAAGGCUGAAAUUAAAGUUUUACAAGCCCAGCUGGAUCGAGAUUCCUUACAAUUAACAGCCUGUCAGCAAAGGAUUAUAGAACUAGAAGAAAAUGUCAAAAAUAAGGAUGUAUGUGUAACAGAAUUAAAAAGGAAAUUAGAAGAUGUGAAGAUCAGUCAGGAAGAUGAAAUAAAGUCCAUAGAUGAUAAAUACCAGGCUGUUAUGAAGAUAAACCAAGGACUUGAAGGAAAACUAUUACAGUUAUACAGUCAAGUAGAUGAACUAAGACGUCCCAAACAAACCAAAGGUGCUUCAGUUUCUCCAUUUCAUGAAUACAUUGAUUCAAGUAAUAAUAGAACCAGAACAGAAUCAGAUCCUAGUGCUAUGGAAACAGCUCCUAAACAAACUGAACAAACUGUAUACAAGUUUCAUAGUGUUCCAGCAAAUGACACAUUUCACCCAUCCCACACAGAAAUUCCCAAUGAUAUUACACACAGUGUUGGUGCAAGGGAACUCGAUGGUGCAUCUUUAGUGUCUAAAGAAUCAGGAAUUGAACCUUGACCUUUCUUAUCUAUGUCAGAAAUUUUAAUAUGAAUCAGCUGGUCAUAACAAAGUUAGUUUAUUGUGUCAUGUUGACAUUAUUUUAACUUUUCACUCCUUCAAGAGAUACAAAUUAUAAAAACUUAUUAUACUUAUCUUUAUUUGUAUGAAUCAAGAUUUUCGAUGUAAAGAUUUUUGCUGAAGAUGUUGUUUAUCUUUACUAAAAGUGUAUAGGUAUGCAUUAAAUGUAUUUUUUCAACAGGAAUUGUAAUACUUGCAAACUUUAAUUACUGUUGAUUCAUUUGUUUUUCACAGAUGGAGGGAAAAGUAAGUGAGGAAUAUUUGAUUAUGUAAUUUUGCCAAAGACUGCAUAUGAUCCUAUAAAAAAAAUGUGUACUUUGUUCAAUAUUUAAAUGUGGUUAACCAUAAACUGCAAAAGUUGGUAUACAACAAUUAAUUAAUUCACAGUCUAUUUUUUUUUCUAGCAAGUCUUAUGUUAGAGACUUGCCAUUAUAGGACUGUAUCUUGCCAUCAAGAAGCUAAUGAUUCUGUGGCAAAUAUUUCAUGCAUAUUCAGGAUGACAAGAAGAAACUUGUGAGGCAUUAUGAAGAUUUAUAUUAAGAAUGUACUUAGGUGAAAUUAAAAAAAUCUAGAAUUCAAAAAUGAUACAAUAAGUCAAAAAAGCAAAAUACUGUGGAUUCAUUAUUAUUCAUUGGAUACAAAUUUUCGUGGAUUUCGUGGAUACAGGAGAACCACGAAUUCAAAUGUUCAACGAAUAACAAAUUUUCUAAAGGAAUGAGUGUAGACUGCCAAAACCAAGAAAUCAAAUAUCCACGAAUAUGUCAUUUUUCCUCAAACCACGAAAAUUGGUACCCACGAAAAUAAAUGAAUCCCAAGUAAGCCUCAAAUAUUUAUUUGUUAAAGUGCUCCUUUUCUAGAUAUUUUUUUUUAAAUGGCAGGAAAAGACUGGCUGACUUUUAUUUGCAUUGGAAUUAUUUGAGUCUUAAAUCAAAAGAAAAGAAGAUCUACAAUCUGCUUAAAUUUGGUAAAUGACCUUUAUGAGCUACUGAAGUAUUAUAUGAAAAGAAAAAUGGGUGUUAUGGGGAAAAAUAUUUUACGCUGUACCCUGUAGAACAACAGAGGAGUCUGACCAUCUGACAUAAAUUCCUAAACCUAGCCUAAGUACAUCCUUGAAUUCUGUUUGAAUUGUGUAUUUGUGUGAAAAUACAAACAUACAUUUAUUAUGAUUUGAUAUUUUUUCGUGCUGCAGGGUAUUAUGUUACUUAAAAGCCAAAGAUAUUUUCAUAAAAACUAACCUUCAUAUUGUUAAUCAUGUAAAAAAAAAAGUCCCGAUCCACUUUUUAUUAAUGAGGGUAGGAAUGGGGUUCACCACAUGAUGAAAAACAGUAAAAUAUUUGUUAAAAUAACAUUAACGAUGAAUAUUUUACUCCAUUUGAUGCUAUCAGUAACUAUAAUAUGAAAUUUGAUGAAUAGCAAUAAAAAUUAAGGCUUAUUUGAUGAGAACAAACGUUUGACUUGGAGAUAAAAGGUAUUCCUACCCUCAUGAAUCUGCCGGGUAAAUUGGGAAUGACAUCUAUGGUUUUUCAUAAAUGAUUUUUUUAAUGUAUUUUCUUUAUAUUUCUCAAAUGGAAUACUACUGUCAGCAUGGUAGAUAUAUUUUUACAGUUGCAUCUUUAACUUUUAUUUAUACAGUUUUUCUUGUAGUUAAAACAUUAGGCUAUAAACUGAUAAAGAUAGAUUUCUAUUUGAAUUAUAUUUAUUGUGUACUGACUAAUGUACUACAAAAAGGUUUUGCAAAAUCAGAAUUAAGUAUUAAUUUCUUUCAUUACAAUUCCAAAUAAAUUUGCUACAAGUUUUAACUCAGUUACUUUAUAGCAAGACAUAUCUUAAA